AUGGAGGCUGAUGACGUCACUGCUAUCACGAUGGAUGUCGCCCCCCCCCCCGGUAUAAUAAUGACACAGGGACCCGGGGAAUGCGGCCGAUCGUGUCCCCCCCGAGCUCGGAUUUCCCAGCCCGGGUUGCCAUGGUUACCCUCCAUACCCACCCAGAACACAGACGGUAAGUGCGGCUCCCUCACAGCUCGGCUCUCUGCUUCCUGCUCCACCAGCGGCUUCUGGAAAGAUCGAGCGCGAGAGCCGCAUCCGGGGAACUUAUUCUAGAACAGGAGGCGGGGCCAACGGCCGUGACGGAGCAGGGCGGGAUCCGGAGGGGGGAAUGGGCGUGGCCUCUCGUUCACUCGCUGCGCAGCGAAGAGUUCUAAACACUAGAGGGCGCCCACGAAAUAGAAGAUAUACGUCUUCAGAAAAAUGGCGACGCUUCCUUGACUGA